CGACACACUUCGGCCAAUUUCGGAUCUACAUGUAAAUAAAGUCGUGAUAAAUGAUUAACUGACUACGAUAAACUACGGUAUGCAGCAUUAAUGGGUUUAUUUAAAUGUAUAAUGGUUACAGCAGUGUCAGUGAGAGUGAUAACCAGACGAGUGAGGAUCAUAUCCAGGUUGUUUUGCCACAAGUCCAGUAACUCGACCAGACGUCUGCCCACCGUAACUCUCUACACCAAACAUCCAUGCUCCCUGUGUGAUGAUGCGAAACACCAGCUGAAGCCUUUUAGUAACAGGUUUCACCUGGAAGAGGUUGAUAUCACAGAUCCAGAAAAUAAACACUGGUUCGAGAAGUACUGCUAUGAUAUUCCAGUAUUUCAUUUCGAGGGGAAAUUCCUCAUGAAACACAAAGUUAACCUGCAGGAUUUUGAAUCUGCUUUAACCAAAUUUGAAACAUUAAGUGAACAACUCAAUGGGUGAUGGGACAGUUAGUAACAUGUAUUUGUGAAAAAGGUGCAGGUUAUUUUUUAAUUUCAUGUACAGGAUUAUAAAUCGACAGAUUUGACAUAAGUGAGCAAUGGAGUUGAUGAGACCGUGGCAUAUUUGUGGAAAAGUAGUCAUUGUGCUAAGCUGAAGUGGAAUGCGACUUCAGUCUUGGUGUUUUUCUAUUACAGCCAGUUCUCCAUAUGAUAUAUCAAAGAUCAUAGUAUAUUUGUUUUUGCAAUAUGCUUAUGGAAAUGAAUGUUUGUUCGACCAAUCCCUUAUUAUGCAUUUGCCAAUCUGUCUAGAACAUAAGAGAAAAAACCUGAGGCAUGUUCAGGAGUCUUUGAGGGUGAGGGCAGGUGUUCUGUCAGUUACUAGACUGGUUUUUGCAUCUAUCAUUAAAAUGAAUGCAAUAGGAUAGAACAUGAUGGCACCAGUCAAUUUGUUCUGCAAGCACUCUCCCGUCUGAACAAGGUCACUGCUACUGCUGUUCCACAUACAAAUAGAUUACUUGUGCCAAAUAACAAGUGGUUCUUUAUUUUCACAGACAGCACAGCAUAUACCAUGGGUUUUGAUGUAUCAUUUUAUGGAGAACUGUUUAGUAUGGGAAACAAGCAUUCUGGGAGUACUGCUAAAGCACUACAUGUUCCCUUAUUUAAGGUACAUGUAUUUUGCAAAACAAAUUUUCAUAUCUCCUAAGUUUAAGGGCUAUAACUCUGACUGGUAGGGGAGUAAUAACCCAAUACGGGUUGAUCCUGCAACCCACCAAACACAGGUUACAUACCACUUCAGACGUAUCUAUUUGUGUGGAAUUCAAGUCAAAGUUUCAGAACAUUUAUAUAUACAAGUUCAGAUAGAUACAUGACUUAUUUGUAUGUAUAAAACUGAGACUAACAGUGAAAUAUAUUGAAUAAAAUGCAGGAAAUUAAUUAAUA